CGGUCAUCGCGUGCGGCACAGCAGCAGUAAGCAUUCACAGCAGUGUGUUGUCGGCAUUGCAUUCGGCAGAUUAGUUGAAAUCUACGACUCUAACGAAGUAACUCGACGGUUCAAAAUGUCGGAAGUCACGGAAAUGCAAGUGGACCAAGUUGUUGCUGAGCCGAAGACCGACGAAACUCCGAAAGAAGAGACCCCCAAAGAAGCUGCGAAGGAAGAAGCGACUGCGACGUCUACAACCGCAGCCCCUUCUGCGGAAGAACCCACUGAAGAACCCGCAGCCACGACCCCUGCAGCUGCUGCAGCUGGAGCAGGGGAUGCUGCGAAGACAGAUUCCAGCAAAGAUUCCGCACCCGCCGGAGCGAAGCGGAUGAAGAACGACGUCGAAAUGGCGAGCUUAUCGACACGUCAGUACCUAGACACCACAGUUGUACCGAUUCUCCUGCAGGCGUUGUCAGCUCUUGCCAAGGAACGACCGACGUCGCCAAUCGAGUUCGUGGCUAAUUUCCUCCUGAAGCAUAAGUCUAAUUACGAGGGAGGCCAGACAGCUCCCGCAGCUGAGAAGUAGUCUGUCAAGCAAUGAAAUCUGGUGUGAUCACUUCAUGUACAUUUAGGAGGCUUUUCGGCGUUAGACCCUAACCCGAAAAAUGGCAAGGCAUUUGUAAAAUAGGUGCGCGUUCUCGUCGACGUCCAUCCAUAAUCUGAAUAACAUGCGAACGAAAUAAAAAGCCUUGACGCUGCAUCAUCGAUUCCGGGAACCUUAAUGAACACCCCUUGAGGUAUGCAACGAAUCGUGUAACUCUCACUCGGAGUCUCUCGAGCGUCUAUCUCUCGUGGGACUCGAAACUAAGCGAUUCUUAUCGAUCGAUCCAAUUACCUCAAUUGAUUGACUCGAUGUCGUAUUAAUCAUAAUCGAGAUGGUUACGGCGUUAUUACUGACUCAUCCGCGGGGGAAAAUGGUAAAAUGCGGGAGGAUUAAUAUGUACAUCGUGCUCGAAUGAUCUCGAUGGACCACGGGUGCGUCAUUCUGGGAGUUCGAAAUGAAUAAAAGAGAGAAGUCGAUGUUU